GCCUGGCGGGGCAGCAGGAAGGCUCUCGGCUCGGCAGAGGCGCUAUGGCGACCACUGUCACUACGCAACGGGGCCCGGUAUAUGUUGGUGAACUACCCCAGGAUUUUCUUCGCAUCACCCCAACCCAGCAGCAACAGCAAAUCCAACUGGAUGCCCAGGCAGCUCAGCAGCUGCAGUAUGGAGGACCAAUGGGUACAGUUGGCAGACUCAGCAUUACAAUAGUACAGGCAAAACUAGCAAAGAACUAUGGAAUGACCCGCAUGGAUCCAUAUUGUCGAAUACGUUUGGGCUAUGCUGUAUAUGAAACUCCCACAGCGCAUAAUGGAGCCAAGAACCCUCGCUGGAACAAAGUUAUUCAGUGCACCGUUCCCCCUGGCGUGGACUCAUUUUAUCUAGAGAUAUUUGAUGAGCGGGCCUUUUCAAUGGAUGACCGCAUUGCUUGGACACACAUUACAAUUCCAGAGUCUCUGAAACAAGGAAAUGUGGAGGAUGAAUGGUAUAGCCUGAGUGGGAGGCAAGGUGAUGACAAGGAAGGAAUGAUCAAUCUGGUUAUGUCAUACACGUCUUUGCCAGCUGCCAUGAUGAUGCAGCCACAGCCAGUGGUCCUGAUGCCCACUGUGUACCAGCAAGGAGUUGGAUAUGUGCCUAUAACAGGGAUGCCUGCAGUCUGUAAUCCUGGCAUGGUACCAGUGGCAAUACCACCUCCUGCGGUCAAUCCUCAGCACCUUUGUAACGAAGAAGACCUGAAAUCAAUUCAGGACAUGUUUCCCAACAUGGACAGGGAAGUAAUCCGCUCAGUGCUAGAAGCUCAGAGGGGGAACAAAGAUGCAGCUAUCAACUCCUUGCUUCAGAUGGCUGAAGAAUCCUAAGCCCUUACUUCCUGCACUGUCUCCGUCUUUGAUGCCACCUUUAUUUUUACUUGCCAAGCCAGGGAUUUAGCUAGAGGAAGAAUUUCCUAACAGUUUUCUGUUAGUGUAUCCUGUGUGAAAGGUUGUAUCCCCCUUUUUUGUGUGGACAGUUGGAUCUUUUUCACUUUCUUUUUCAGUCUGUUUUCAGUUUAGUGUGUAUUCUACAACAGCAGUGAAGCAUUCUACUAUCAGCUGUGCCCCGUGUGGCUCUAUUCUGACUGGGGAGGCGAGUAAUGCUGCUUUUUUCUUUCUCUCCCCUUUUCAAAAAACAAAUUCUUGCAGAGUAACUCUAUGCAGUACAGGACAUACACUAUUUGUUAGAUUGAAAAAACUUUCUUCCAUGGAGGGUUUCUUUUUUAGCAUAACUGAUUUGUUAAAGUAUUUUGGUUUCUUCAAACAGCCUGUUUCUACCACAAGUUAAAAAAAGCGCCCUUCUACCUGUCCUGUUAUGUUUAAUUAUUGCUGUGAUAGUCAGAUGUCCUUGAUGAAAAAAUUGAAUUGAAUAAGCUAAAUUCCUUGGGUUGUACUGUUCAUAUUUGUAAUGUGAUCCUCUGUUCAAUCUUGUCAUUGGGCACCAAAGCAAUGUGUUAUCUGGUGUGUGUUUAGGGCUUUAUCCUGCCUGUAGUGCUGUUAGGUAUCUGUAAAAUCUGCACAGAUAACUUCUAACUUGUACAGUCUGUAUUGCUGUAGUAGAGAAUGAGCCCUCAUGUACUCUCCUACAGCUAAUUGCACUCUUAGUACUACUUUUGCAUUCCCAUGUUUAUUCCAAAGGAUGAAUGCAGAUGGAAAGAUUUUAUACCUGGAAAAUGAAUGACAUGCUAAACAAUUAUUUGAAGUAUUGUCUUAUAUUGUUUAAAAAAGCAGAAACCUCGGAUAUGUUUGUAAGACAUCUUUCUUUACUCCUAAAUGUCAGCCAAAUUAUCAUUUUACCUUGGUGGAAAAGUUACUAUAGCUUUUUUCUUCUUUUGUGUAAUAUGAAAUAAGCAUGAAAAGUAAUUUGAGAAUCUUCAAAUGGUAUUUAAACUUGCCCAGUGAUUUGUUAUGUUAUGUUUCAUGCAGGUGGGAGUAAAUUAAUUGAGAGAACAUCUAACAUAUCCGAAUUACCUCAGAGGAGGUUAGAGGUUGCUGAUAUUUAUUGUUAGUAUUAUUUUUUGAGACAUCAGCUCCUCUUGGAGCUGCAGAAUGUUGAAGUGGGCACCCGUUUCCUGGUGGACAAAUUCUGCAAUGUCUGUUUUUGUAGAUGAAGUAAUGCACUUUAAGUGGUAUGCACCAGUUUGUUUUUACCAGUGAUGUGCAAUGUUGUCGUUUUAUCUUUUUAAUGUUUGACUUCGAAUACUUUCUACAAUAGCCAUAGACUUUUAUAUUUUCAAGAGUUGGAAUGUACAUUUGAAAUGUAGGUUCUUGAGUGAUUCAUGAGAACUUUAAAACCAGGUUUCGAAUAAGGAAAAUAGACUCUUAUUCUCCUCCUCCCCCUGCUUUGUUUCGUUUUGCACACUUAAGAUUUUUUCUUACCUGCUGAAAAGCCAGUUUUCCCAGUUACAUUCAAGAAGCCUCUAAGUAGUGUCGGUAGAGUAUGAAUAUUUAUUUUUUUAUGAUUGAGUGAUACUGAAACUUUUUAAAAAAACAGGAUCAAAAACAGUAUCCACUUCCAAAAACUGGAAUCCUCUAGUGUCUGAUCUUCUAAAGCAGAGUUUUCAUACUCUAUGACUUAAAAUUGUUUUUAAUCCCUCUACUGUCUCUUCCUUUUGUAAUAUCCAUCUUCCCAUUGGCAUUUCAAUAAAGAGGUAUAGUUUCUAUGCUUUAUUUGUAGAGUCACCAUAUCUUUAUUUUCUAAGAGAAACCAGGUUGUCAUUAAGAAAAUGCUCUUGCCCCUUCUCUACACUUGUGUAAAAUUUGAAUAGGUUUAGAGGCAUCUGGACUUUAUCUUCAUAGCACAGUGACGUGUGGCUUGUCUCCCGAAAGGACAAAUGUUGGUGAAGAUUUUGGUGCUCAGAUACCGUCUGCAGGAUGAGUCCCUUCCUCUGACUUUUACACAGAUAGCAUGAAUUGUUAGGGGGUAAAUGAUUCAGGGAAUAUGUACAUAUAUAAAUUUUUAUAUUAAAAUGUUGGCGUCUGUAAUAACAGCUUUUUAUAAAAGCAAGAGAUCAGGGUUGAAUGGAAUGGCUGGUAAAUUGUGCUGCAUCCUACUACAGCUGAGUUUCAAGCACAGAAUUCAGUUUGAACGUUCAGGAAGGGGAAGGAGCUGUUGGGUUAGCCAGCUUCGUUCAGAAACGGCACCUCGGGCCUCUGGGGCACCUGUAGCUCCUGGUCUUACAUGAGUGGGUUUUUUUCUAGGUGGUUCUUAGGCAAAUAUUACGCAAAGCAGGAGUUAUGAGUUCUACAUGGGAGAUGUAGGAGCAGUAUGGCUGGUAGAUGGAUUUCAGCAUGUUAUUGAAACUAACCUAUUUUUUCUGGGUUUUUGGUCUUGAUUUAACUAAGCAUUAUGGUUGAAAAUCUUAUGUCAGGAUGUGCAACUUCCUAAAAAGAAACAAAACACCCAUCAUGAGCUCAACUUUUCAGCAUACAUAUCCUCUCAGUCCAGCUGCUUAUGGACAGGUUUGAAUUGGGGAGAGAUGCAAAAAGGCAAGGAGGAGUUGUCCAGGGGCCUGUGACAUAGAGAUUGGAACUGAAUGUGGGGUUUUUUUUGCGAUUUAUUAAAACAAAUGUCAUCACUCAUUAUGAUUGUAGGUUUUGACAAAUUCUUUCUGAUACUUCAAUACUGCUAUUCUGCUCAACAGCCUCAAGCAGUCUGGAGAGAAAGCUGGCUGUGUAAGACUGGCAUCUGCUAGAAGUUAGUGCUUUAGAGUUUGACUCCUGCCAAGAACCUGAGCUUGCUCAAGAUAGGAACACUUCUUGUCUAGCUAGAUCCUUGCUACUUUCUUCUCUACUGCUGUUUGCCU